AAGAGAGCUUUCUUUUACAACCCUCGCGCCAAACGGAUAAAGUUGUCUCUUUCUUUCUCCCUCUCUUUAAGCUCUAGCAGAGCAGACAGUAGCCAUAGCCGAACAAGUCUACUGGACGAAGAAGAAGAAGAAGAAGAAGCAGCAGCUUUGGAAGCAGAACAUGCAAGCGAACCCUAGCGUGAAUAGCAGAGGAAGCUGCUCUCCCCAGUUCCUCCAGAAGCUUCCACCAUCUCCAUGGCGGCGCUCUUCCUCUUCCCUCCGCUUCGGCUCUUCCUCUUCCUCCUCCGCCAAGCCCCCUUCUCUCUCUCUCCUUCUCUCCUCCCGCCGCUUCUCCUGUACCGCUCUCUCCCAGCCUCCGCCACCUCUCCCUCAGCCCUUCUCCGUCAAAAUCCCCUGCGGCGAUCGACAUAUUUUGGUGGAGACCGGCCAUAUUGGACGACAAGCCAGCGCAGCUGUUAUGGUAACAGACGGAGAAACUAUUGUCUAUACUUCUGUUUGUAUGGCUGAUACUCCUACUGAACCUUCGGACUUUUUCCCCCUUAAUGUAAAUUACCAAGAGCGUUUUUCAGCAGCAGGUCGGACUAGUGGAGGGUUUUUCAAACGAGAAGGGAAGACAAAAGAUCACGAGGUUCUCAUUUGUAGAUUGAUUGAUAGGCCUCUGCGUCCAACAAUGCCCAAAGGAUUCUACCAUGAAACUCAAAUACUAUCUUGGGUUCUGAGUUACGAUGGUUUGCACUCUCCUGAUUCUUUGGCAGUCACGGCCGCCGGAAUAGCAGUUGCCCUAUCGGAAUUGCCAAAUUCAAAGCUUAUCGCUGGAGUUCGAAUUGGUCUUGUUGGUGAUAAGUUUAUAGUUAAUCCAACAACUAAAGAGAUGGAAGAAUCUGAGUUGGACUUGUUGUUAGCAGGCACUGAUAGUGCAAUAUUGAUGAUAGAGGGGUACUCUAAUUUUCUUCCCGAAGAAAAGUUGCUGGAAGCUGUACGAGUUGGGCAGGAUGCUGUACAAGUGAUUUGCAAUGAGGUCGAGGCUUUGGUAAAGAAGUGUGGAAAACCAAAAAUGUUUGAUGCGAUCAAAUUACCUCCUCCGGAGCUAUAUAAGCUCGUUGAAGAAAUUGCUGGUGAGGAACUGGUGCAGGUCCUUCAGAUCAAGAGCAAAAUACCUAGAAGAAAAGCCCUCUCGUCACUAGAAGAAAAGGUUUUAACUAUGCUAACUGAAAAAGGGUACGUUAGCCCGGAUGCAACUGUGGAAGUGAAUGAAACAAUAGCUGAUAUGCUUGAGGAAGAAGAUGAGGAUGAGGAAGUGGUUGUAGAGGGUGAAGUGGAUGAAGGAGAUGUUCAUAUAAAGCCCACUCCACGAAGAACCACUCGCUUGCUGUUCUCAGAGACAGAUGUGAAGCUAGUAUUUAAAGAAGUUUCAUCCAAUUAUUUGCGGAGAUGCAUUGUAGAGAAUGGAAGAAGAAGUGAUGGUCGGACCCUAGAAGAGAUACGUCCAAUUAACUCAAGAUGUGGGCUACUUCCAAGGGCUCAUGGAAGUACUCUUUUUACGCGUGGUGAAACUCAGUCCCUGGCUGUUGUUACACUUGGUGAUAGGCAGAUGGCACAGAGAAUAGACAAUCUUGUGGGCGUGGAUGAAUUUAAGAGGUUCUAUCUUCAGUAUUCAUUUCCUCCCUCUUCUGUUGGGGAAGUUGGGCGAAUUGGGGCUCCUAGUAGACGAGAAAUUGGUCAUGGAAUGCUUGCGGAGAGAGCUCUUGAACGAGUCUUGCCUUCUGAGGGUGAUUUUCCUUACACCAUACGUGUUGAGAGUACCAUCACCGAAAGCAACGGCUCCUCAAGUAUGGCAUCAGUUUGUGGGGGCUGCUUAGCGUUGCAGGAUGCUGGGGUUUCAAUUAAGUGCUCUAUUGCUGGCAUAGCGAUGGGCAUGGUUUUGGACACCAAGGAAUUUGGAGGUGAUGGUAGCCCGAUUAUUCUCUCUGAUAUAACUGGAUCUGAAGAUGCUUCUGGAGAUAUGGAUUUUAAGGUUGCAGGAAAUGAAGAUGGUGUAACUGCAUUUCAGAUGGACAUAAAGGUGGGUGGAAUUACUUUGCCUAUUAUGAGAAAGGCACUUCUACAGGCAAAGGAUGGUCGGAAGCAUAUUCUUGCUGAAAUGUUGAAAUGCUCACCUCCACCUUCAAGAAGGCUUUCUCAGUAUGCUCCACUUAUUCAUGUCAUGAAGGUCAAGCCUGAGAAGAUAAAUCUAAUAAUUGGCCCUGGUGGGAAGAAGGUAAAGAGUAUUAUAGAAGUGACAGGAGUAGAGGCUAUUGACACACAAGAUGAUGGGAUAGUGAAAAUUACCGCAAAGGAUUUGUCAAGUUUGGAGAAGUCUAAAGCUAUUAUAAGUAAUUUGACGAUGGUUCCAACUGUAGGUGAUAUCUAUAGGGAUUGUGAGAUCAAAUCAAUAACAACUUACGGAGUUUUUGUUGAGAUAGCACCUGGGAGAGAGGGACUUUGCCAUAUCAGCGAGUUGAGUUCAGAUUGGCUGGCAAAGGCGGAAGAUGCUUUUAAAGUUGGAGACCGUAUUGAUGUUAAACUCAUUGAGGUAAAUGAAAAGGGACAACUUCGGCUUAGUCGCCGAGCUCUACUUCCUGAAACAAAUCCAGAUAACUCCAGUUCAGAAGAAACAAGUGAUGAAGGUUCACCUAAGAAAGUGGUGACCAUUGCAAGGGGAAAUAUGGAAGAAAAGACUGAACAGGCCAAGGCUAAAGUUGGCACAACAAAAGCUAGGAGCUCGAACAAAAGUAGUUCAUCAGAAAAUACUCUUCUCCCACAAAAGAAGUUUAUCAGAAAACCGGUUGCCCCCGGCAAAGGUCGGCUUGAUACCAACAAAGAGAAGGUGAGGAAGAGUGGUGGUAAACCAGUCAGUAGCAUUGCUGGAAAGGAUGACAUUAGCAUAGUGAACAAAGAGGCCAAUAUUGGAUAAUAAACAUAAUCCUUGCCUUUACUAGUGAGCAAUAGUUGGAUUCAUUUCUCAUGGUGAGAAUGGCUGUGCCUCGACCUUCAUAACAGAAGCAGCAUGGGAUUUCAUUAGGAAGUUUGUCACCUGGAAGGCUGCAUCUUAUGAAAACAUCGAACUUUUACCGUGGCACAUCAUGUAUUGCGAUGUAGGUUGAUCUGUAAACUUGUGCUCUUUGGAAAGGAAGAUUGUGGGAUCAACAUCGUAUUGAGUGAAACCCUUUGAUUCUUGAGUAAGUAGACCCGCGAUUGUUGUGGGAUAAAUUCUGUGGGAAUGCCUUGAUAGUUUUUGGUGUCCGAAGUAUCUGCUAUCAAAGCAUUUUUUUCACUGUAACCUUCUAUCUAGGGAGUAUGUAAAGACACUUUUCACUUUCCAGAGUAAUGAUUUUUGAGAAGAUUGUUUUAAUUA